CGUAACGGGUGAAAGAUCAGCGAGCGCGCAUGACAUCAGAGUGUAAACAGACACUGCGCGCAUACAACAGCAGCGACCUAAACCGAAGGGAAUGAGGUUGUUGACCUGGUCAGCGCGGAGGAUUGUAUCCGCACACAAGCAGGCUUCAGGGGGCAGUCGUGAGUUCUGGGGGUGGCUCAAUGCUGUUUUCAACAAAGUUGAUUAUGAACGCAUUAAAGCAGUGGGUCCUGAUCGAGCCGCUUCCGAAUGGCUCCUGAGAUGUGGUGCAAAAGUCCGGUUCCGUGGUUUUGAUCGCUGGCAGCAGGACUACAACGGACUCCCGACUGGGCCGUUGGGCACGUACCGGAUAGAAGCUAUUGAUGCCACAGAGUCCUGCAUCAUGUAUCGUGGUUUUGAUCAUCUGGAGGGUCUUGAGCAUGUAGAGGAAAUCAGGUUCAAUAAGUGUAUUUAUAUAGAAGACACCUGUCUGGAGCGUUUGAGUCAAAUAAAGACACUGCAGGACAGCUUAAAGAACAUGACGAUAGUUUCCUGUGGCAACGUGACAGAUAAAGGAAUCAUCACUCUUCAUCAGCUCAGGAACCUGGAGUGGCUGCUUCUCAGUGACCUGCCUGCUUUAAAAGAUAAAGAUCAGACUGUGGACAGACUCCAGACUGCACUUCCCAGACUCACCAUAGAACUGGACCUUGCUUAGCCAAUCACAGUGCUUCUCAGAGCGCAUUUGGAAAACCACAACUAUUACAGCUUUAUGACCAGGCCAGACAAGCCCUCUGGCUGAUGUCCAUGACUGCUGUGGCAACAGUAUCCAAGCAACUGAGCAUCCCAGGGACGGAUGCAGAGAGCUCCUGUGCCUUAGAGGCCAGUCAGCAACACCCAAUUAGAUUUGAUUCAACAAAACUGAGUUUUGUCAGACCACCCGGGGGAGCUGAACAAUGUUAUAUUGCUAUUAUCAAUAAAUCUUCAACCGUU